CUACGCGAUGUGAAUGUUGUGUAUGUUGUGUAAGAGUGUUUGAAGGAAUCUGUGUGAGUGACAUACAAAAGAGAGUGUUAUUUACUGUGAAAUUGCUUAUGAAAUUCCAAUAUUAUUCAACUAGUGUCACAGUCAAUACAACGAAGACAGGUCAAGUACCGCCAGUUCUAGAAGAUUGUUGACCUGUGGAGAGCAUCGCAUAGUAGAGAUGGCUUCAUUCAGAGAGUUCUCAAGUGCCCUUCUGGUACCUUUCAGAAGAGGAAGGUAGACCAAAACACCAGUGAUACUGAUGCUGUAUUAGUUGACAUGAAAUAGUUACCCAAUUAUUUAUUACCUAAAAUACCUCACACCCAGCAGCGUAGAAUGCAUUCCUCAUCAAAGCGAUUUUCUUCAUUUUGCUGGUAUCCAUCAACCACUCCCAUCUCCACAAUUGUUGCAGCAGUAGUUGUUCUGACUCUCAUUGGACAUGGAUUUGCAUAUCUGAUCAUCGUAACAGAGGAUGAACCACCUGGUCAUGUGGUGUUCAAUUCCACAUUACCACGACUUGGAAGCAGGAACAGACAUUACAAGAUCAGUACCCACCGCAGCGCUGCCUUUGUUCAUCGAAUACUUCACGUCGAUCCCAACAAUGGCCAAGUUAUCCUGAAAAGGCAUUUGGAAUGUAAUGGUUUAUUCUAUCCGAAUCUCUUCACACUUUAUGUUGAUUCCACUACAAAUGAGACACGUGGAGUUGACUAUUAUUCCCUGCCAUUGAGGAUAUUUAUCACCGGUGAACAGUGUGAAAAGGAGAGUGAUUCAGAGGAUGAAGAGAUGAACAGAAUUCAUGUUAAAGUGUCAGAAGCUAAGAAGUGGAUCAGUGAAACAUUUGCAUCAUUUGCGAUCCCUGGCACAGAAGAAUGGAAAGAGAUUUGCCUAAGAAAGAGUCAGUUCAUAAACAGUAUUGCUUCUUUCCUGCCUUCAACAGUUCUGCAGCAGUGCCAUGUUCGCUACUUAGAUGUUAGUGAUCCAAGAUUCAGGAUAGAAACAAGAGCUGGUGAUCUGGUAUCGUCUGCAGACCAGUGCAUUGUCGAGCCUCUGUGGAAGGUUACUGUAUUACUGGAACUUUAUUGCAACACAAAUAUAUAUCGUAGUGAGAACAAGCAUAGUAAGUUUGGUCUGGUUUCUGCCACAGAACACCGUCUAAAGCUCGUUUACCAUCACCAAGCUCUCAAUGAUACUGAUAUAGCCCACAGAGUACGGAGGGAACUCCGAAACCAGUCACCCUACUUUGAACAAACCUUGUAUGUGGCUUCCGUGAUGGAAGAGCGACCACCAGCUGUUGUGGUAACCACAGUGAAGGCCAGGGAUCCUGAAAAUUCUUCUGUUAGCUACUCCAUGCUGUCACUUUUGGAUUCACGCUCUCAAGGGAUGUUUUCAAUAGAUAGUGGUACGGGUGUUGUCACUACGCUUACAAGCCUAGAUCGUGAGCUCGUUGAGCUGCAUUAUUUCCGUGUGACUGCUGUCGAUGACUCAUUUCCACCAAGGAGUGGAACUACUACAUUACAGAUCAAUGUUCUUGACGCUAAUGACCAUGCUCCGGUGUUUGAGUCCAGUGAAUAUGACGCAUCGAUCCGAGAAUCUGUUUCUGUUGGAUCCACAGUUGUCACCCUUAAAGCCACCGAUCAAGAUGUUGGGCGCAAUGCUGAGGUUGAAUACUCCUUGGUAAGUCAAGAUGGAAGUGGCAGUGUAAAAACAGAUGCAGAAUUGGAGGAUGCUUUUCGUAUAGAUCCAAAAUCAGGUGUAAUAACAACUCGAUCUGCGCUGGAUCGUGAGAAAGUGGAAGUAUACACUUUGGUUGUUAUGGCAACAGAUCAGGGUCUGCCUUCAGCUGGAGGUCAAAGGUCAUCAACAUCGACCGUGGUGGUUCGAGUUUUAGAUGAUAAUGACAACUACCCUCAGUUCACUGAACGGACAUACACAGUACAGGUGCCAGAGGAUGUUAAUUGGAGUGAAAACCCUGUCAUUGCUGCUGUCAAAGCUGUAGAUGCAGACCAAGGCAACAAUGCAGCCAUACGAUAUGCUAUCAUUGGAGGCAAUACCCAGGGUCAGUUCUCAAUUGAUAGCCUUAGUGGGGAAGUAUCUCUGGUGAAGCCAUUGGAUUAUGAGACGCUUCGAAGCUACAGACUUGUGAUUAGAGCCCAAGAUGGAGGCAGCCCAAGUCGCUCCAAUACAACACAGUUGCUGGUGAAUGUCUUGGAUGUAAACGACAAUGCUCCGAGGUUCUACACUUCUCUUUUUCAAGAGUCUGUUUCAGAGAGUGUACCUGUAGGAUUCAGCAUUGUCAGGGUACAAGCAUAUGAUGCAGACGAGGGGGAGAAUGCUGCUAUUCGUUAUUCAGUUGGACCUCGUGACAAUAGUGGCGGAUCAACGGCAGAGUUACCUGUUGCGGUGGAUGAACGGAGCGGUUGGAUCUACACAACACGGGAAGUUGAUCGUGAAGAACAAGCCAGAUAUCAGUUCCAGGUGUUGGCAACUGAUGGGGGCAAGCCUCCCAAAAGUGCAACAGCAAGUGUUGUGAUCAUUGUUCAGGAUGUAAAUGACAAUGACCCAGUGUUUGAACCCAAACUGUAUGAUGCUGUGGUGUCAGAAGACGAUCCUCCAGGCACUCCAGUUGCCAGUGUUACAGCAACUGACAAGGAUGAGAAUCCAAGGUUGCACUAUGAACUGACUGGAGGAAAUGUACGUGGAAGAUUUGCAGUCACGUCACAGAAUGGGCGUGGUCUUGUAACAGUUGCUCAACCACUAGACUACAAACAAGAGAAGCGUUUUGUUCUGACUGUCACAGCUUCGGACUCCGGAGGUCGUCAUGACACAGCCACCUUAUAUGUCAAUGUGUCAGAUGCCAAUAACUAUGCGCCCGUGUUUGAAUCUGCUCCAUACUCAGCAUCUGUGUUUGAGGAUGCACCGGUUGGCACCACUGUCCUGGUUGUUGCAGCAUCUGAUGGUGAUGUUGGUCAGAAUGCUCAGAUAACAUACUCUCUCGGCACGGUCGACUCUUCAACUACACCUGAAUUUACCAUUAAUCCACAGACUGGUGCUAUCAUUACCACAAAAACUCUUGAUCGGGAAACUGUCGGUGGUUACUUGUUAACUGUGACUGCUAGAGAUGGCGGUGUUCCUCCAUUGUCAGACACGACAGAUGUCGAGAUAAUUGUUUCAGAUGUCAAUGACAACGCUCCAGAAUUUCGUAAACCUUCAUAUAUUGGAUCAGUUCCUGAAGAUGCUUUGGUUGGCACCAGUGUUGUGCAGAUAUCUGCUGUCGAUGCUGAUAUGGGCCUUAACGGAAGAAUUCGUUAUGCACUGGACACUGAAAAUUCUGGUGAUGGAAGCUUUGUUGUUGACCCAACAUCUGGAGUGAUAAGGACAGCAAAAAUACUGGAUCGUGAGAGUGUGGCUGUAUAUGAUCUAAUAGCAUAUGCAAUUGAUAGAGGGUCACCGAGUUUAAGCGGAUCAGUGGAAGUUAAAGUUAGAGUUGAGGAUGUGAACGAUUCACCUCCAGCAUUCGACAGUGAUAAGAUUGUGAUGUACAUUGCUGAGAAUUCACCUGUUGGAUCAAGAGUUGGGGAGAUUCAUGCCCAUGAUCCUGAUGAAGGAGCCAAUGCAUUGGUGCAGUACUCGAUUAUUGGUGGAGAUGACAGCAACAGUUUCUCGCUGGUAACCCGGCCAGGAAGUGACAAAGCUGAACUUGUAACCAUGGUGGAUCUUGACUAUGAAUCCUCACACAAAAAAUAUGAUCUGGUAGUUAGGGCUGCUUCACCCCCACUUAGAACUGAUGCACAUGUGGAGAUUCUAGUGACAGAUGUCAAUGAUAAUGCUCCAUCGCUCCAUGACUUUCAGGUGAUGUUCAAUAACUUCCGUGACUGCUUUCCUUUUGGGCCGAUUGGACGUAUCCCUGCAUUUGACGCCGAUGUGUCAGAUCAGUUACACUACACAAUACUCUCAGGCAAUAAUGCCAACCUUAUUCAUCUGAAUUCAAGUUCAGGAGAAAUGACACUGUCACCUCUACUCAAUACUAAUGUUCCAAAGCUGGCGACAAUGGAAGUGUCUGUUACAGAUGGUGUAAACGAAGUGAAAGCUUUAAUGCAAUUGACAGUUCGUUUGAUCACGGAGGAGAUGCUUUUCAACUCAAUAACUGUUCGCCUAGACGAUAUGACUGAGGAGGCCUUCUUGUCCCCACUACUGACGUUUUUUAUUGAAGGCUUGGCAGCCAUCUUACCAUGCCCAAAGGAAAACAUUUUUGUUUUCAGCAUACAGGAUGACACCGACGUUAAUGCGAAAAUACUGAAUGUGAGUUUCUCUGCUCGAAGGCCAGAUUUGAGUGGGGAGGAAUUUUAUUCCCCUCAGUUCCUGCAAGAGAGAGUGUACCUUAACAGAGCGAUUCUAGCAAGACUGUCAACUGUGCAGGUGUUACCAUUUGAUGAUAACCUGUGUGUCCGAGAGCCAUGUCUCAACUACGAGGAGUGUCUCACAGUACUAAAAUUUGGCAAUGCAUCGGGAUUUAUUUCCAGCGAUACAGUCCUUUUUCGACCAAUUUAUCCUGUUACAACAUUUGCUUGCCGAUGUCCUAAGGGUUUUACAGGAAGCCGAGAGCAUUAUUUAUGUGAUACUGAGGUAAACUUGUGCUAUUCAAAUCCAUGUGGGAACCAAGGCACAUGUCAGAGGAAGGAAGGAGGCUACACAUGUGUGUGCAGACCUGGCUUUACAGGGCAGAACUGUGAGAUAGACUUGAGUCUGGACACUUGCCAGCCUGGAAUAUGCCGUUCUCACUCCUCGUGCUCACCCUUGGUAAAGGGAGGAUUUCUGUGUGAGAACUGCUCUCCUAGUGGAGGUUCUGAACACUAUACAAAACUCUGUGAGCUUCGAAGCAGGAGUUUCUCCAAGGCUUCGUUUUUAACGUUCCCUUCAUUAAGACAGCGUCAUCGCUUACACAUCCAACUCAGGUUUGCAACCCAGUCUGACUCUGGAUUGCUUAUUUACAAUGGCCGUUACAAUGAGAAACAUGACUUCAUUGCUCUUGAAAUUGUUGAUGGUGCAAUACACUUCUCAUUUUCCCUCGGAUCCAAUGUCACCACUACGGUGGCAUCACUGCCUGGUCGAGUGAGUGAUGGGAGCUGGCAUUCCAUAACUGUGCAUUAUUUCAAUAAGAGUGCGACUGUAAGUAUUGAUGACUGUGAUACAGCACUGGCAACAAAGUAUGGAUCCAAGCUUGGUCCUCAGUGGUCAUGUGCCAAUACGAGUAUGCAGAUUCUUGAGAACAGAUGCGCAGUAUUCACCGAGACCUGCCACAGAUUCUUGGAUCUCACAGGGCCAUUACAGAUUGGGGGCCUGCCCUCCUUACCUACCAAUUUCCAGGUCCAUACUAAAGAUUUUGUGGGCUGCAUCAGUGACCUUUAUAUAGAUUACAGGUUCAUUGAUCUGAACAGUUAUGUUGCUGAUAACGGAACUGUGGCAGGUUGCCCCGAGAAGAAGGCUUUUUGUUUGUCUAACCCCUGCACUCAUGGCUCAAAGUGUACAGAAGGCUGGGGAACCUACCUUUGUGAAUGUUUGGAGGGCUGGAGUGACAAAGAUUGUAGCCAAGCAAUCAAGCCCCCAUGGCGCUUCCAAGGUGAUGGGGUUCUCUCAUUCAACCCUCUGCUGCGUCCCAUCCAGCUUCCAUGGCUGAAUGCAUUGUCAGUAAGAACAGCACAGAGGGAUGCCUUUCUUAUGAGCAUUCAAGUUGGACAAAACAGUUCUGCUGUUCUCUCUCUUGUGAAUGGACAGAUCGAGUACAGCUAUAAUGGUGAGUCUAUGACGCUGCCAAAUGGGUUUGUUUCUGAUGGCCAUUGGCAUCAUAUUGAGGUGAAAUGGAUGAGCGGGGAGCUGUGGAUUAACCUUGAUUAUGGUCAGCGGGAAGUGACAUCCCCAGCAACGAAUAAACUUCAAGGAUUAUAUGUUGGCAAGAUCCUGAUUGGUGGACCAGAUGCUUCUGUGGGUAGUUUGAAUGCAGAUUACGGUUACUUCGAAGGAUGUAUACAGGAUGUUCGUGUGGGAACUCCACAGUCAACGUUGCAGCGACCAACAGUGAAGGAGAAUGUGGCUGAAGGCUGUGGUGGCAUAGAUCCGUGUAGGCAGCAGGGUCUAGAGAAAUGUCCCAUUCACAGCAAAUGUGUCCCAGAUUGGGAGCAGUAUCAUUGUGACUGUAAUUCAGGUUAUGUUGGUGCUUCAUGUGUGGGCGUGUGUGAAGUUAACCCAUGCUCUAAUGGUGCCCACUGUGUGGAAAACCCUCUCAGUCAGCGAGGUUACAACUGUAAAUGCAACUCCAGUGAAUAUUCAGGUGAAUAUUGUGAGGUUAAGGUGGAUCAGCCAUGUCCCAGCAGCUGGUGGGGCUAUCCUGUGUGUGGCCCUUGCCAUUGCGAUGUUGAGAAAGGUUACAAUGCUGACUGCAACAAGACUACAGGGGAAUGCUAUUGCAAGGAGAACCACUUUCAGCCUUUAGAUAAUGACUAUUGCUUUGACUGUGAAUGCUAUGCUACUGGAUCAUACGGCAACCAGUGUGACCCAAUUACAGGACAGUGUCGCUGUCGGAAUGGUGUGAUUGGUCGGCGUUGCGAUUCCUGCCCUAAUGCAUACGCUGAGGUUACACUUCGAGGUUGCGAAGGUGUGUAUGAUGGCUGUCCUCGCAGUUUCUCACAUGGCUUGUGGUGGGAACGGACAUUGUUCGGAAAGAUUGCUCUUGAAUCGUGUCCAAGCCAUUCUCAAGGCAAGGCAUCAAGAGCAUGUGAUGAAGCACUGGGUGGCUGGCAGGAACCAGAUCUGUUCAACUGUACCUCUGAUCCUUUCCUAGAUCUUCGUAAAGUUCUUGGUCAACUUGAAAGCGGAGACCUUCAUAUAACAACAUUUGUAGCAGUGAAAGUGGCCUCAGACCUGCGUAGAGCUACCAACUUAACCUCAAUGCUGCAUGGUGCUGAUUUGUUAAUAUCACAAGAGCUUCUGAGGGAACUCAUGAGAUAUGAGGGUGGAGAGAAGGGAUUGAACCUUACACACAGUCAGGACAAGGAUUACAUCCAGAACAUUGUUCGAACUGCCAGCACUAUUCUAGAUACAAAGUACAGGGAUCACUGGAACAGAGUUACUGAUCUGACAGGAGAAACAGCUGAAGAUCUGGUGUUGUCAUUUGACCGAUACAUUUCAACACUUGCCCUGAGCCAGGAAGAUACAUACACCAGUCCCUUUGAAGUUGUUGCAGACAACAUGGUACUGGGUCUUGAUGUUGUGACAUCUGAGAGUUUAUUUGGUUAUGAGUCAACCAACAAAGAUGCCUUGGCUGUAGUAGCUGCAGCUGACGUCUCUGGGGAGCGAAUUGUAUUGCCUGAUACUUCCCAGUUUCUCCAGCCUUCUAUCCAUCUCUCUGCUCCUGCAGCAUUAGCAGUUGGAUCAAAACCAUUCACUGGUGCACAUAAGAACAGCCCGAUGCUUUUAUUCCCAAAAUAUAACAAUUAUCUGCUUGAUAGAGACAAGUUUGAUGUCAGCUCGAAAGUUCUCGUCCCUUUGCAUCUCUUGGGUAUCAAGUCCUUGCAACAAGGUGAACUUACAACAAAGCACAGUUUACAAGGCAGUGGUAGAGCUGUUAUUAGUUAUGCUCAGUAUAGAACAGCCGGUUCUCUCCUACCUGCACGUUAUGAUGAGACUGUCAGCCGACGUUGGGGCAUUGAACUUCAUGUUGGAUCACCAAUCAUAUCCUUAGCAAUUCUUGUACCAGUUAGCGAGGGAGAAGUUGGGGAAGCUCGGAAGAAGUACAAGCUCAUAACAGACGCUGGUCCUCUGCCUGCACCAGUCUUGUUGCGCCUGUGGUUACAUAGUGAUCUCCAGCCACUGUCACCAAGAUCCAAUCCUCAGUGCGUUCAUUGGAGCACUGCCAGGGGUUUUGGAGAGUGGUCUCGAGCGGGGUGUCAGACAGAAGUAGCUGAUGAUUGGCAUGUUUCCGUCACAAAGCCAUUCCUAGUCAACUGUACGUGCAACCAUCUAUCUACGUUUGCCAUUUUGAUCGAUUUGGUUGACAUGCAGUAUAUUCCCGAUCCAAGUGUACCAGAAGACAUUGCGACCUAUGGAGCAUUUUGCCUGGCACUCCCAAUGCUGUUAGUGGCUCUGCUCAUUCUUGUUCUGAUACGUGGUGUAGAGACAAACUCUAACUCAAUACAUAAGAAUGUGGUGGCUUGUGUGUUUCUGGCUGAAUUGGUGUUCUUCAUAGCACUGAAGGCGAGGAAGACACUGGUGCAGCAUGAGUUUCCUUGCAAGAUGUCUGCCAUGUGUCUGCAUUACCUGUGGCUCACAGCCUUUACAUGGACUCUCGUGGACUCUGUACAUCUAUAUCGCAUGCUCACAGAGAUGCGAGAUAUCAACCAUGGUCCAAUGAGAUUUUAUUAUACAAUGGGCUAUGGGCUACCUGCUGUGGUUGUUGGUCUGUCAGUUGGUGUUCGUGCAGACCAAUAUGGAAACUUCUACUUUUGCUGGCUGUCUAUCUAUGAGUCUGUUGUGUGGAGUCUGAUUGGCCCAGUGUGUGUGGUCGUGCUGUUCAACCUUGGGGUCCUCGUCUUCUCUGUUCGAGCUGCAUUUACUCUCAAAGAUCAUGUCAUGGGGUUUGGGAAUCUCAGGACACUGCUAUGGUUGUCAGUGGUGUCGCUACCACUUCUUGGCAUGGUGUGGGUUUUGGCAGUAUUGUCAGUUAGUGAGAGGCUACCUCUGCUGUCAUAUCUUCUGUCAGCAGCAGUUCUUGCACAUGCCAUGUUUGCUCUGAUUGGUUACUGCUUCCUCAACUCCCGAGUUAGACGGAAUCUCUACGUUUCAUUGCUGCGGUGCAUUGGUAAAAAGGUUCCUCUGGACUCGUCAGAAGUGACAACAGGAGGUACCAGUAGCCACAGUCACCAAGGUGGCUCUGCCAGCCAACAGCACUCGCGUUCAGCUUUGGCAUAUCACAGUGGAGGUGGUAGUAUGGACCCAUCACGUCGUCAUGUUGGAAUUUCAACAUCCAGCACCACGAGCCGUUCAACCACAAAAACAAGCAGCAGUCCAUAUAGAAGUGACACCCAACUGCGCCAUACUUCCACUAGCACCAGCAACUACAAUUCAAAUAGUGACAUGCCAUCCUACAUCCGAGGCUUUGAUUCCGCACUCCACAGGCAUAGAGAAGUGUCAGAGGAGAGUCCAACAAGAGCACGUCGGCAGGAAUCUGACUCCGACUCAGAAGUGUCGGUAGAUGGUCGCAGCCUGGAGCUGGCCUCCAGUCACAGCAGUGAUGAUGAUGAGUCUUCCAAUAGGCAUCAGCAUAGAGAUGUUGGGGUUUCAGCAAUGGGAGCACCAACUUACCUUCCUAAUAUCUGUGAAGAUCCUUUGGGUAGUGGUAGAGGAUCUUCUCCACAUUUAAAUCCCACUCGGGGACCCCCACCAAUACUUGAGCCCCCUCCUCCUUUAAACAUUAUCAGUAACAGUCAACUGUUUCCAGAUCUCAAACCCAUCUAUGCACCAAGAUGGUCAAGUCAGCUACCUGAGGCUUACCUCCCUACUAACACGAUGGAUGUUGGUCUGAGAGGAAGUCAGUGGUCGGGAACUGCCUCGGAUAAUGAAACUUCACCCAAUCCCCUGCCUCCUCUGACAGAGAGUCAUCACACAUCUCCACAUCUCCCUCACAAAAUGGUUGCUGAUCAAGAGAACUUUCAUGAUCUUGGUGACCAGUGUUCUGAAACAGAGGAGAAAAUUCAUCUUGGUGACAAAUAUCUGUUUCCCUAUACAGCUGAAGAGGAUCAUUGUGGUUCAACAGGCUAUAUUCUACCAACCUUACCUGGUCGAAUGCUUGCUGCAUCAUCAAGUGAACUGUCAGGUGCGAGGGCACAGUCAUCGCCCAGCCCAUUGCUACAUUCGACAAAUGCUGCCACUGCAAGCAACUUGCUGGUGCAACCUCUCACUGCCACCAUUGUCUCUGAAUCAGAGGAUGAGGAAAGAUAUGAAUGAAACUCCAGUAUGACCAGAGUGAUGGCUUGAGACAUGUGAACUGCAAGACAUCUGUUAGAAGAGGAUUUCUUCAUUAUGCUCAAGGUGGAGUAGAGGACAAGUGUGAUUUGUUAAUGUGAAAAUCAGUAUCUUUCAAACCAAAUGCAUGAUACUCAGUUUUGCUAAAUGUAAGUAUAUAUCUCUCCUAUAUAUUGUACUUAAUUGUUAAAAAUGUAACUCUUAUUCUUUCACAUUCCAAAGAUACUAAAUCAUAUAAGCACACACAACUUCAUUUAUUGAAAGAUUUAUGCAGUCAACAAGGAAGUUGAUAACUGUAUUUAAAUUGCUGCCAUAUAAAAGAAUAUUUAUUUUUAAUGUGUACAUACAUACAUGUAUAUAUAUACAUAUCUCAAUGCAAGUAGUUGAAUAGCAAUGAACAGAUUUAUAUAUACUCAAUUGAAUUUUAUUACAUUACCUGGAAUGUAACACAGUUUAUAGUAUUCAGAAUGUGAAAAUGCACACUUCAGAGAACAUUACAGAAUAUCGUAAUGUUCAAUAUAUGGUUUAAUCAUUGUCCCACUAUCUGUAACCUCUUGAGUUUGAUCCCUUUGCCACUCGUUACUGCAACAGCUCUUGCUCACUGCACUCACCUCUUCUUUCAUCUGCUGUGCACUGCACUGCACUGCACUGAACUCACCACCUUCCCGUCUGCUUAUGUGCUGCACUGGACUGGACUGGACUGUACUGAACUGAACUGAACUGAACUGAACAAACUAGCUAUUGCAAGAAUUUCAUAGCUACUUAAUAGGCAUGCUGACCUUUGGGAAUAUUCUAGGGAAUUCUUACGAGACCUUGGCCUUUGACAUCAGCUGAGUCAUUCCCAGAAUGUACCAAAAUGUGGAAAGGUUAAUAUUAUGACCAAAGAAGAGUUGAGCAUGCUCUGGGCCAGGUGAAGCAACCACUUACUGACGCUUAUCUCCUGCAGCAAUGUAUUGUGACCUGUUCUUUGUAAAUUCAAAACAAUAUGUGACCAAAUUUGAAUGUAUUAAUGAAAAAUAAUUAUUAUUUUUUGGGGGAGGCUGUCAUUAAAGCCUGCUGCUGCAAAUCCCAAAAUGUUACUGGUCUUUCCAUGCUCGCUUAGGUCGUUCUAAGUCUUGUCGUCCAUUCAGCUUAUAGUGUAAUGCCAGUUGAGGAGGAUUGUGGGUAUAAAGAUCAAAGAAUCUUAUAUGUACUCUUUGGUUUCAUAUGGACUGUUGAUAAGAGGUAAGAUUACUGUUUUCUCCUAUACCAAUGGCUGUCAAAGUUGCAUGCAGAAUGUUAUGGAAAGCUAACCAUUUCUUAUUGGUUUGCUUUUAAAUACAACUGUGUUUAUAAAUAAAAAAUUGCCCUUGUACUUGUGACGGUUUUAUUGAUUAUCAAAUGUGAAAUUUUCUGAAUCUUCUUAUUUCUGGCAUGUGCAUUUUCAUAAGCUGAUAAAUAAAUGUAGAAUUUGUAUAUUUGUUUUCAAAAUGGUGAGGUAUGAUAAUUACAUAUUUCAGUUUAACUUAUCUCAGCAAAUGUGCUGUAAAAGAUUAGUUCAAACUGAUGGAGGCAACAUGAUAUAAUUCAGCUAAAGUUUAGCUACGACACUUCUCGACCAAAUGCUCACUUGCACGAGAUAGCGCUAAACCUGGAAGGUUCUAAGAUCACCGUUUUCAGACUCCUGAAAUUGGAAUGUUGGCAGCAUUCAUGAUUAAUUUAGACAAAGAGAUGAUGUGACAAUCAUUAAGGACACAGUAGUCGUGAAGUGUUACAUGAAAAAAUUCCCAAAAUGGAGGAUUCUUUGUUUGUUCCUCUUUUGUCUCAAGGAUGCUCACUUAAAACUGAGUUAAGCCACCUCAGUCCUGUACCUUUAGCAAAAAUUUGUAAUUAAGCAAAAAACCCUAUUUGUAAAGGUUCGUGGAAAUAUGACAAGUGCCAAUGGACCAGUGUUUCACAAUGUUAGAUUUUAGAUGUGUGCAAGUCACAGAAUUGUUUAGAUAAAAAUCCUGAUUUUUUCCAUCUCCAGGUUUUGAGUAUUUUCAAAUAACUGUGUUUUGACUCAACAUCUUAUUGGCUGGUAAUGCCAGGAGGAGUCAACCUGACAGCAAAAUUUGUCUCCAUCUUUCUGCCCACACUGCAUUUUCUCUAUUUCUGUAUGUGGUGUCUUGACUUGCCUUCUCUGACCUCCAGCUCAUCACAGCAUCACCAAUGCAGUUUAUAAGCAAUGAGAGAAAAAGUGUUUAGUAUUAUACAUUGUGAUUACAGUGGAAAAAAUAAGAACAUUACAGUAGAGAAAAUUCUGGCAGUCAGCUCAAUUCUGAAAACUUCUCUCAUAUUCAUCUCUUGUCUUGUACUGAAAAACUUAUUUUUGCACCAUUAAAUUUGCUGUGGGCCAAAUUCAGUUAUAUGUAUUAUAUUUCAGUGAGAAUCACUUAUUGGGCAUGUGAAAAUAGCUGAUGACUCACUUGAUGAAGUAUGCUGCAUCGAAAUUCCUGCAGAUGUCAUUGUCAUGUAUGCUGCAUGAACAUAGCUCAUGAAGUAAUCACUGGAGUUCCCAAGCUUUUUAAAAGAACUUAGAGGUCCUUAAUGGCUGUAUUUUCAUUGUGAGCUGAAAGAUCAUGUUAGAUGUAUUCUUUUUUCCUGUCCUUAGAACUAUAUUAAUGAGCAUUAUGUUUCACAGAAAACCAAGAGAAUUCAUUCCAUUAUCACAUUCUGAUUGCUGCAAGGCAUCUAUUUGUUUAGGCUAGAGUAUUAUUUGCGCAUAUGUGAGUUCUUUAUCAUUAAAUUAUAUAUCUUUUUAUUUUACUUCAGUGCAUGAUGUUUUUUAUUGCAGUGGACUGCAAAUAUUUGUUUUAAAAUAAAUAACAUCACUUCACUCAGGUAUCUUUAAUUGAAUAUUUUCUUUGAAAAUAAGUAAUGAAUAUAUAUGUGACAGUGCAGUAUAAAUUUAUAUUAAUAACUGCCAUAAGAUAUUGCUAGAUUGAUAUUUUUAAAGUGUAUUAUGUGUGUGUGGGUGUCACUCUUGUAUUUAUACUUCUGUUGCCAUCAUUUUAAUGUUUAGAGUAAGGUUAACUGAUACUGAAGUUAACAUACUGUACUGUGGUUCAACAUGGUUUUGACAUAGAACUAUAGCAUAGCAGUGAUAUUUGUGUUAAUGGUUGCUGCAUUGUACAGAUAUGUUUGACGCUGUCUGUUGUCUGGGAUAUUUUUGAUAUAUCACACACUGUUCCAGAAACUGGAUCCCUUUGUGUCAUGAAGUGUAAGGGGGAACAGGAUCCUACUGCUCUCAGAGAGAUCGUUUCAAUCACUGGACCAAUAGCAUUGUAAUGAACAGUUCUGAUGGGAAAAAGAAAACAGAGACAAAUAAAUGAUUGCAAGACAUACCUGCAAUUGUGGGUGAAAUAAUAACAUAUGCAGUCUGGAUUGGAAACAUAAUGUACAGGGUUUAACACACACACUAGUACAUUGAUCCCUGUUAAGGCCAAAUGGAAAAAUCUGUAAAUUUAUUGUUAAUAUUCUCUGCUGCUUUUUUUUUUUUUGUUUCUCCACAGAUGUUGAUCAGUAAAAAAACAUUGUAUACACAUGGAUACAAUCAGGAUAUGUUCCAGAAGGGAACAGUAAUUAACUUUGCUUACAGAUUCAUGUUUAAGUCACUAUUUUACUGAUUGCUCUACAGUAAUCAGGAUUUUUUUUUCAGUUCUGAUUUUUCUCAGAAAAUCAAGGGGUAAAGUCAGAUGGCUACCUGCCACCACCACCACUCCCUGCUACUACCCAUGUGCAUGCACAUUAUAUGCAAUAAGGGACAGUAUUUUAUACAUUCUGUAUGUUAUGUGAUGGGAAGUAGGCUGAUGUGGGGCAUUUACAGUGGCAUGGGUAGGUGUAGUUUGUCUUGUGUGGAAAUGUCUGGCAAGCAGAAUGUUUGUUUUACAGUGAACUGAGUCAACAUAUGUUGACCCCUAAUAAUGUAUAAUAGUGAGAUGUUUGUUGCACAUGAGAACUAUGAUAUGAACAAGUGUGGUUGUAUGUACAGAUAAUUCAAUUGUACUUCUGGUGUUAGUAAUUAAGUAAUAUUGUAUUGAGAGUUACGGAAAGAAAUGUGUCUUACAGUCAUGAAAAUAUUGACAUUUUAAAGUUAAAAAUUUUCAUUAUGAAAAUUCCUAAAUAUUAUGUACUUAUAAUUUAUGAUAUUAUUUAAGUCAUUGUAAAUGCAAACGUUUCAUCCAUAGUUAUUAGGAAAUUUAUUUUAUUUGAUUGGUAUAUGAUAAGCUUUGUAAAGUAAUUGACUUUAAAGCCGGUGUUCUCUGCUUGAAUGUCAGAACUAUAGCUCAUUAUAAGCUUUAAGUUGCUUUCUGCUUCUUUUGAGCCACUUCAUGGAAGAAUAGUCCAUUUAUUCAGGAAUUCAUUAGAUAUUAGAUGUGUGUUUUUCAUGUGGCUUACUUGUGGUUACAGUAUUCUGAAUUUCUGUGUGCAGAAGUCAUCAGAUUCCGAAUUAUUACACUGUUCUGCACCUACAGCAGGACAGCUGAAGUUGCAACUUAACUUAGUGGGAAACAUAUAAGCAAUGUCUAUGCCUGCCUUGAAUUUUAAGAUUCUUAAAAAUGACCACACCUAAGAAUAUUAAUUUAUUUUGAACCUGUGGAAAAAUAUAUUUUGUACAAAUGAAGUGGGAAUGGUUGUGAUCUGAUUAGUAUAUAGAUUUGUCCCAUUUGCUAAUCUGUCAGAGUUUCUGGUAUGUUUCAUAUUGCUUAGUCAGAGAUGGACUGAAUAUUUUAGAGUGCAACAGAAAAGGGUAUGGUAUUUGUGAAUUUAUAGUACAGUCAUAUCUUGAUCUAUGGCUUUCUCCCUUCAAAUCCCAUUAAAUUAACAUCUUUUAGACUUAGGCUAAAAUUUGCUGUUUUCUUCUGUUUUCUUUUUCUUUCAAGUCAGUCUAUGAGUCACUGAGUCAGUGGUCACUCACUUUCAUUAUGCCUGUCUAGAGACUUUAUUUUCUAAUAAACUGUAAUAGAAUUGUAGCAUUACGGGGGUUAAAAUGUAGAAGAAUGGGUCUGAGUCUUGAGCCCCAGAGACAUAACCCUACACAUCCCAUGUGUACCUAUUUUCAGAAAUUUGUCAAGUCAUUAAGUCCAAGGUAUGGCUGUACUUUUAAGUAAUUAUUUUAUGAGAAUUGAAGUUCUCCCUGCAGUGAAUAUUAAUAUUAUGAUCUCCUGGAAUAUAAUGCUAUGUAGUCAGUUGACAGAUGUCAGAAUUUUGGAGGAACCACUCCCUCCUUCAGAGUAGAAAAAUGUCUUCCUACAUUGCAUUAGUUGCCAGAAAAUUAUAGUUUUAACCAUUAUCAUAAAUCAAUUAUGAACUCUGUAUCAUUCGUCUAAAAAUUUUAAUUAUAUUAAUUGCAUUGGAUGAGUUUGAAUUAUGGAGUGUGGUUUAAUCUGAUGCAUGUAAUUGCGCGAGAUGUGUGUGUUGCCUGCAUCAGGUGACAAAUAAAAUUGUGUUUCUUCUGGGUUGUGACAGUACAUAGUCUCCGCAGGUGCUACCAGUGUUUCAGAGAAACAUGCUGAUGGGAUGGUAGAUGCGGAGCCUACAUCACAUGUGUUUAGCAGAUUGAAAAGUCUACAGAAUUUUUUCUUCAUCCAGAGUGAAAAAUUGGGCUCCAAAGCUAUAUAUGAUAAUGUGCAAAGUUACUUACUAUGCUUCAUAAUCUGGAGUUCACUGGUUUGAAUCUCUGCCAGAAUGACAAAUUUAACUCCAUACCUCCAGAAAAAUUCCAGGUUAGAACUUAAAAUUUGUCAUGAUCACUACCUGGUGCAUCUUUCACAUUUUGUUAUCACAAUUUUAUUUCUCAGUUGAAGGUAUAAUGACCCUUGUAGCUUUUACCUUAGCAAAUCAGUAAAAAUAGAAAUGGAAACUUGAGAGAAUAAUAUGUGUACAAAAAUAAAAAGAGAAGGCCUCUGGUAAAGAAUUUUCUAUCAGAGUCCUUCUGAAUGUAUGUGAACAUGAUAUGCAGAAGUAAUAACAGCUGAACAUCACACUGUACCAGGAUUCAUAUCUCGUUAUCAUUUGGCAAGAACGAAAAAGGAGUUGCCAACACAUCCUUGUGCAUAUGUGCAUAUAGCAGAAUCAGUGUUAGGAAACUGAUAUCAUCAUUGCCUUCAGUGUGCAAGUUACUAUUUGAAGUGACAAGUUGAGUUGUAUCGCAAGCUCAUCAUAUCACCAUGGUGCCAUAGGUAGCAUUCUGUGUGAGACCUCUACGUGCAGUCACAACUCAGACUACAGUCUGAAUAAUUGGCACCAUGAACAUUUCAAUUCAGUUCAAUUCUAUUCAAUUCUAUAUUAUUAAUGUGCCGAGUCAACAGCCGCAAGGCCAAUUACAGA